CAAACUUAAAAAUACUGCAGUGCUUUGCAUAAUUUAAAAACAUCUGAUUAUUGAUUACAUUUAAAACAUAUUUUUUAAGAUAUUAUUUUCUCAAAGAAACCGCGAUAAACAUGUCUACGAAUCGCAACAAAUAUGAAAAAGCCCGACGUCGUCUUGCAGCUGUGACAUUUUUAUCAAAUAUAUCCCUCGAUGGUACCUUCAAAGAUACAGAACUUUGCCAGUUAUUAGAAAAAAACUCCAAGGUUGACAAAUGCGAUGGUGGACUCAAAAAUGGUGAUGUUUGUCACAAUGUCGAGAACGAUACAAUGUUACGAAAUAACGUCCGCAGUCGUAACAAAGCCCCACAAAGUCCGGUUAAUCGCAUGGGAGGUGAUAAUCAUUCUAUAAGUUCGGAUUCAGAGCAUGCACAUAUCACCCCUGUUAAAAAUAGAGGAAGUCAUUCCUUCAGGGAAAGAUGUCAGUCUGGAAGUGCGGAACACAAAGAUAAGCAUUCAUCAGUGCGGAGCCGUAAAGCACACCUUCCAUCUAAUGUUACGCAGGAAGAAAAGAGCAGUACUGAAAGUCUUACCAUUGGAAGGUUUAGGACAAGCAGUACAUGUAUACCUGAAAACCACUAUUUUGCUAAAGAAGUGAGGAUCAUUCGUCCAACAAAAGGUGUUACAUUCAAAGAUGAGAGGCUAGCAAUAGCACCAAUGCAAGGUGUACCUUGCACUAUAUUUAGCACAAUACCAUAUUCCAAAACCAUUCGCAGUGUGAGAGCUGACAUUAGAAAAGAUGGGGUUCGUAGACGUAAUACGUCCGGACCUAGACCACUAUCGUCAAUAACGGACAAUGGGAUGGACCCAUUUGAUCUCCUAGGUCUAGAAAGAGAAGAACAUGGCCAAGAUAUAUCUUAUUCGAAGCUACUAGUACCAUCAAGAGUAUGUACACGAGAUCAAUAUCGUAAAAUGUAUGACGGAGAUAUUGGGGACAAAACAUCUUGGAAGAUAUUAAAUCGUCACCCUCAUGUUAUAGCUAGGACUAAGUUAUUGACGAGGCACAAGGAUAGAAAAUGGUGUUUUUCAUAUGAAUCCUCGCAACGUGCGACCAUAGCUUCAUCGCCGCCGCACUCGUCUAUAGAGACUAAAUCAUUUGAUUGGGACGAAGGAACCAUAUUGUCACAAAAAAUUGUCCAAUAUUGUCCUAACGUGUUGGACGAUCCCGAGCUAAUAGCGGGUAAACACAGGACUCUACUAACGUUUACUUCAUACAUGACCUCAAUUAUUGAUUACGUAAGACCACAGGAUCUGAAGAAAGAGCUCAAUGAUAAAUUUAGAGAGAAAUUUCCUCAUAUCAAAUUAACAUUAAGCAAACUUAGAAGUAUUAAGAAAGAAAUGCGAAAGAUAGCAAAACACGAUUGUGGAGGUAUAGAUUUGUUGUCGGUCGCUCAGGCGUACGUGUACUUCGAAAAGUUGAUUUUAGCCAAUUUGAUAAACAAAGACAACAGGAAAUUGUGCGCUGGAGCAUGUCUCUUGUUGUCAGCGAAGUUAAACGAUGUCAAAGGGGAAAUGUUAAAAGCACUGAUAGAGCGUAUAGAGACAACAUUCCGCCUGAACCGCAAGGACCUGAUGAAGUUCGAGUUCGCGGUGCUGGUGGCGCUGGAGUUCGGGCUGCACGUGGCGCCGCACGAGGUGUUCCCGCACUACCAGCGCCUGCUGCACGACUCGUGACCCGCGCCCGGCCCGCCGCGCCUCUGCCCGCGCGUCUGCCCCCGCCCCUGCCCGCGCGCCUGCCCCCGCGCCUGCCCCCGCACCGCGCGCCGCCGCGCCACGCUCGUCGACAACCUGCGGCACACCGCGUGGAUGUGAACCAGUGUUGCCAAAAUUACCUGGUUAAAUUGUGAACUGAAGAAAGUGUUGUGUUUGUGCGGGAAAUAGAUCAAUGGUGGACCGUAGCAAUGCUGCAAAAACGAAAAACCUUUCAUUAUUAGCUUAAUAUCGCUAUUUUGUUUUAAAAUUCGUUAAAUGUUUAAGCGUAAAUAGUUAAAUUUCAUUAUUCCGGGUUAAAAUCAUUGUUAAUCGAUGACUAUUUGUCAUUCAAAAGGUAUUUAAAAAUUUAAAACAAUGAUUUAAUGUAGAUUUUUCGAAAAGUCGUUGAAUUUUGGGGCUUUAAGAUUACUGCCGUAGGUCGUAGAUUUUUUAAUUUUAUUGUCUGAAAGCGUAGGACACAGCAAUUGCCGUAACAUUGGCAACACUGAUCACUGACACAGCUUACGUCAGAAUAUCUGAAUGCUGCAGAAUAUGUGACUGUCGAAGUGCGUGUACGUCUACUCGAUGAGGAUAACGGGUGAGACCAAAACAUAAUUGAAUUUAAAAAGUAUUAUAUAAAUCUAUUCACUUUUAUUAUACUAGGUAAUUAAAUGCUAGCAAUCCAUCGCACCUUCUCCAAGAUAGAUAGACCAAUCUACCUAGUUACUCACUGAUCUAUCAGCUAUAGGAAUCUUAAUAAAAAAGAAAAAUAAUUCAAUUGUUUUGGGUAAAUCCAAACCUAAAAGUGUAUCAUCAAUCAUCAAUAAUCUGUACUUUUUCUUUAAAUUCAAUUCUAGCAACUUGAAAUUAUUUAUACAUUUAUGUAUUUUUAAAAUAUUACAAUAUCCAACUAAAAGUAAGGAUAGUAAUGAAAGCAAUGCAAUUUAUAUGCAAAGAAAUGUUUUAUAGAAGCUAUGCAUUUAAAGCAAUGAUUUUUAUUUAUAAAUCAUCUAAAUGUUAAAACAAAAUGACAAAUUUUCAUAACUUAGCCAAAGAUCUAGUUUAAGGAAACAGAAAAAUCUUUGUGAAGAUUUAAAAUAUUCGAUUGAUAAGAUAUAAGUGCCUGAGUGAGAAAUGUAACUUGUUAAGUAUACAAUGUAAUUUGAGAAAUUUAUGAAUUAAUUCAGAGAAGAAAGUUGUAAAUGGAAGAUAAGUUAGGGGCCUAUUCUUGCCAAUAACAGUCCGAAAUAAUAAGUGAAAGAAAAAGAAAUCCUUAAUAUAUUUGUACCUUAAAAUGAAGAUAAUCAACAGAACAAAAAAAAAUAGUUUAACUAAAUCCUACCCCUAAUUGUCCCUAUCUUACAUGGGGUUGUGCCAAUUUUAGUCAUUGUCUAAGUCAUUUUAAAUUAUAAGUUAGUAUUUGAUGUGGUGUGAUAACUGGUAUAAAUACAAUUUGUCCGUAAUUGUAAAAAAAAUAAAUGAAGAAAAUUAUUGCUAAAAAAAAAUUGAUGCUCAAAAUAUUUUUGUACAUCGUUACAUGGUCUUUGGCAGGUGCUCUUAGAUGCUUUUUAUUAGUUUUUAAAAGUCAAAAAGUUGACAAUGUGUGAAUUUAAAAUGAUCUAAAUAUAUUUAAAACAAGAAAUGCAUAAGGAAAAAUUAUUACUAGCGAGUAUUAAAAAGUUAUUUUUAUUGUCUAAUUUUUAAUCCCAUUUGAUUAUCAUUAAUAAUUGUUUCAACACUAGUAAUCGCAAUUGAAGUAUUAUUUCACAUUCAAAUACAUACAAUUUAGUCUUGAUUAAUAAAACUACUGGACAAUAGAAUAUGAAUAUUAAUAAAAGAUAUUUUUUUUAAUUGAUAUAUGCUACAAUCAAUUAUUUUUCCUUUAUAAUUCUAAUAAUUGAGAGUCGGAUUCUAGCCAAAUUAU